UUCCGACAUUGCACGAAAGAGAUGCACCCUGGAAGGGCAGAUCGCGGGGGCACAUCUUGUUGGGAGAAGAGGCCGCGUGUUUGGACCUUAGCGUGCCGGUUCACCUUGUCGCAGGCCUGGGGUAGAUUUGAUUCAUCGGCCUUAGAGUGCCGCGUUCUCGCUAAAUCUACCGAUUUCUGCCUCUCUGGCUUCUCACACUCCCAAAAACGUUAAGCGGGUAGCUCUUGGGAAAUUUGGUUUAUCUGAGUGGACUUCAGGCUAGACGUGAGGGCGCCCCCCGGAAGGAGCAUGGCCGCGUCCCCUCAGAUCGAUACCCCCCUGGAAGUGGAGGGCUGCCUAAUAAUGAAAGUGGAAAAGGACACAGACUGGACCUCGGAGCCCAUGCUGGAAAGCGUAGACAGCUCUGAGUCGGAGACCUUUCGCAAAGGCUUCAGGCAGUUCUGUUACGAGGAUGUAACUGGACCCCAUGAAGCGUUCAGUAAACUCUGGGAACUUUGCUGCCGGUGGCUGAAGCCAGAAAUGCGUUCCAAGGAACAGAUCCUUGAGCUGCUGGUGAUUGAGCAGUUUCUCACCAUUUUGCCGGAGAAGAUUCAGGCAUGGGCGCAGAAGCAGUGCCCGGAAAGUGGAGAGGAGGCCGUGGCACUGGUCAUACACUGGGAGAAGGAGACAGGACGACUAAGACAGCAGGUUAGCAGUCCUGUGCACUCAGAGAAGCAAGUCUCUCUUGGAGCAUCAUGGGAAAUAGAAGAUUUUCAGCUAGAGCAGAUGGAGACCCAACCCAGAAUGGUGUCUCGCAAUGAAGCUGGAAGCCUACACUCAGGACACCAGGCACUGUUGAGCCAGAAGAGAGAGCAUCAGCCCUUACUCAGGAAUGCUCGGUCUUCUCCCUGGGUUCCUGCUCCUGCUGAUGACUGGAACACUGUAGAUCAGGAAGUAACAACCACACUUCUUCCUCUUGUGUCCCAGGGACCAGUGAAAGAUGUACAUAUGGCAAGAAGUUUCUCCUACAAGAAGAGUGUACGUCAGGUUCCUGCUCACAGAGAACAAUUCUGCAGCGCUAGAAAAGACAAUGUUGGGAAUGUGGUCUCUCUGGGAAGUACAGUGUCAACAUCUAACAAGAGAGCCCAGUUGGAGCAAAGAAAGGAGCCAUGGGCCAUAGGUCUACAUUCCACUAGUAAGAGGAAUAAUCUACGAAGCAACUACAUCAAGGAAAAGUCAGCUCAUGCUGUUCAGAUCCCUGCAAGGAAUGCAGGAAAAACAUGGAGAGAGCAACAGCAAUGGGGUUUAGAAGAUGAAAAGAUAGCAGGCGUGCACUGGAGCUAUGAGGAAACUAAGACUUUUCUUGCAAUUCUUAAAGAGUCUCGCUUUUAUGAAACACUUCAGGCUUGUCCCCGAAAUAGCCAGGUAUAUGGAGCUGUGGCCGAAUGGUUGCGAGAAUGUGGCUUCCUCCGAACACCAGAACAAUGUCGGACCAAGUUCAAAAGUCUCCAAAAGAGCUAUCGAAAAGUGAGAAAUGGUCAUGUGCUAGAACCCUGUGCCUUCUUCGAGGACAUGGAUGCUUUAUUAAACCCCGCAGCCCAUGCUUCGUCCACUGACAAGCCAAAAGAGGCCGUAUCUCUCCCCAGACUAAAGAGAACUGGUAUCACUGCUAAGGAGCAAAUUAGUUUGGUAGAAGAGGAAGAAGCAGCGGAAGAAUCUGAUGGUGAUGAAAUGGGUAUUGAAUUUCUCCGGAAACCUGAGAUGCGUGGUGCCCCUGUCUUGUUUCAGAACCUGAGCGGUGUGCACUGGGGCUAUGAGGAAACCAAGACUUUUCUUGAUAUCCUGCGCGAGUCUCGGUUUUAUGAAGCACUUCAAGCCUGUCAUCGAAAAAGUAAGUUGUAUGGGGCUGUGGCUGAACAACUGCGAGAGUGUGGCUUCCUCCGGACACCAGAACAGUGUCGAACAAAGUUCAAAAGCCUUCAGAAAAGUUACCGCAAAGUGAAGAAUGGUCACGUAUUAGAGUCCUGUGCAUUCUAUAAGGAGAUGGAUGCCCUGAUUAACUCUCGUGCACCUGUCCCUUCUGCCAACACAGCAGAGGAAGUCCCAUCACCCACAACUCAAGAAAGAGAAGAUAUUGAGAUUGAAUCCCAGGAACCUACAGACUGGGACCCUGAGGACACCUCACAGGAGGCAAUAGUGGAAGAUUCUGGCAGCGAGAGAAUGAGUGAGGAUGAAAUUUUGCAAGAGUCAGAAUUCCAGGGACCUACAGAUCUACUACAAAAUCCAAGUGAUUUUGACAUUGGAUGUAGUGUCAAGGAGGAUGCAACGCAGGUAAUAUAUAAGGACAUGGAGCAACAUAGAGCAUUAAUAGAAAAGUCUACAGUGGUGGUUUCCCAAAACACUGAUCUGGGUAAAUGCCAUAAAAGAGAGUGCAUCUCAGGAAGACAAUGGGAAAAUCUUCAAGGAAUCAGACAGGGAAAAUUAAUAUCUCAACCUAAAGACUUAGGGAAAAUUAUAGUACAUCAAAGGCCCUUCAUGGGGAAAAGACCCUACAGACUUCUGAAAUAUGGAGAAAACUUUGGAAGGAGUACUCGCCUUAUGUGCCGAAUGACCCACCAGAAGGAAAAUCCUUAUAAGUGUAGUGUCUGUGGGAAGUGCUUUGGUCGAAGCAGGAGCCUGAUCAGACACCAAAGAAUCCACACAGGAGAAAAACCUUUUAAAUGUCUUGACUGUGGAAAGAGCUUCAAUGACUCCUCAAACUUUGGUGCCCACCAGAGAAUCCACACAGGAGAGAAGCCCUAUAGAUGUGGAGAGUGUGGGAAAUGCUUUAGCCAGAGCUCAAGUCUUAUUAUACAUCAGAGAACCCACACUGGAGAAAAGCCCUAUCAGUGUGGAGAAUGUGGGAAAAGCUUUACCAACAGUUCUCAUUUCAGUGCCCAUAGGAGAGUCCACACUGGUGAGAAUCCCUACAAAUGUGUAGACUGUGAAAAAAGCUUCAAUAACUGUACAAGAUUUCGAGAACAUCGAAGAAUGCACACUGGAGAGAAGCCUUAUGGGUGUGCCCAGUGUGGCAAACGUUUCAGCAAGGGUGCUGUUCUUGCCAAGCAUCGGGAGGUUCAUAUGAGAGAAAGGCUCUUGCCUCAUCCUUCUGUGUAUUCCCCAGAGCCCCCAUUUAAGGGGAAGACUGAUGAAUUCAGGAAAACUUUUUAGUAGUGAUCUCUUUUCUUCCUAAAUGUCCCUCUAGCCAUUUCACCCAAAUCUCACUUGUGGAAGCAAUCCUUUCUUAGCUAUAAAAGUGUCAUCCCCAAGACUAGCUCAAGAAUACAUAAACCGAAGACUUGGAUCCAGUUCUUACCUCUGCCUCUGUUUGGAUCAGCCUGUUCCUCUCCUCCUGUGUAUCCCAGUUUUCAUUUAGAAGAGCGAAGAAGCUUUGAGUUUAGAAUGAAAUUCUCUUCAGUACGUUGAGCCCACUCUAUUUGAUUUCUGAGUCCAGCAACGUUCAAGAUCCUUCAUCGUAGGUGAGAGUUGUUUUCAAGGAGAUGAAAAAUGCUGAACGUUUUUUUGUUUUGUUACCUACCGUAUGAGAUCCUGGAUGCAGAUUAAUCACAGAAUUCCAUGUUGGGUAGAACUUUUAGUUGUCUGAUUAGAACAACAUCAAAUCCAUGUUGGUUUUAAAGAUACAAAAGGAGUUGGAAGAUGUUAAUAGCUUCCUUCCAAAGCCUAUUGCAGCGUUCCUUUUUUGUGUCAAGAAAUUGAUCCAAAUAGUGAGAGUCAGAUCCUUGUACUGUCCUUGAAAUCUCGUAACUAAUGCCUCCUCCACAGAGAGGGGAAGCGACUGAUCACUUGUCAUUCUUUGUAUCAGCCUCUUCUGUACCUGAACACUGAAACCCUCGUGGCUGCUGCUUCUCCAGUCCAUAUGUAAUCCAUUUCCUUUUACUGUUUCUCAUAAGUCCUACACUUACCUCUUAGCUGUUCUAGGUGCUGUCUGUCUGAUUCUUCUGAACUACCAUGCCCUUCUCAGAUUGACUAGGAUGCAUGCUCUUGGUGUGGCUCAUUCAAAUAAGUAGAACUCCAGACACAUUCUACCCUUAACUUCUCUGGUUCUUAGGUAGAGCAUGACUGGUAUGUUGAUGUGUUUUAUGCCCCCCAGCCCCAUACUUCAACAUAUUAUAUAAUAGUUUUCUAACGUUAGAGAUGCAAGGUGUGGGGGUCCAGGAAGAAGUGAGGUGGAUACCUGAAACAGUUAAUGUUCCUAAGACUCCAUGGGCCUCCUUUAGUUCAGAUAGCCACCUCAGUCCAGGCCAGCACCUCCAGGAAGGUGUCUUCAAUACCCCAUUCUCCUUUCUGAGUCUUCUAGUCCCUGUCAUAGGAUCAUAAACCUGACUACUUUAUGCAGCCGUAUAGCUCAUUGAGUAAAAGUAGAGUUACAGAAAUUUCCUGUCUAGAAUGCCAUUUUUGUUUUUCUAAUUCCUGUUUGACUGAAAAACCUUUGAUAAUCCCACAAUACUAACCAGAUAAAUGUUAAAGGAAGGGUUCAGGUGGGGGAUAGUCUAUGGAAGUUACAAGUGAAACCCACAAACUUAGUCAUUCAUAGUUGCUUUAGGAUGAGACCAGUGGUAUUUAUGUCCUUAGCAUGGAGGUAUCCUGAAGUGGCUUUGCUUUGGGGAGGGAGGACCCCAGAAUUGAAACUGUGGUUUAUUCUUCUGAGCUUCUCUUUCCUUUGCUGCUCUCAUCUGAAGACAUCUGGAGGUUUUUGUUGUUUUUGUUUUUGUUUUCCUUGCAUAUGUUUGAAUCUUUUGAAACUGGUUCAGCAGAGUAUCAAGAUGGGUAGUAGAAAGAAAUCAACUGCAGUGUGAGAAUAGGGUGUGGUCUGUGUGAAGGCAGGUGACUCAGGUAAACAUGGAUAAGUGUUUCUGAUUUACAUUUGUUGCAAAUGUUGAUUGUCCACAUCCCAGUAGGUGGAUUUCCUCGAUGCUGUCUGGAUUAUGGACUUCUAAUGGUAAGUGCAGUUUUAUGUUGGUAGUGUGCCUACCUCAGCGAGACGUGUAUAGUGCCAGUGGGUGUGUGCUCAUGUUCUGUAGAUGUCUGGAAUUCCAACUCUAGGGGAGAUGCACAUUAAUAGAGAUCACUGCUUAGUAAUAUGUACACGGGAUUGAUAAUUAUAUUGAAGCAUGAUUCAGAAAAUAGAUUAACUUACUUAUAAAUAUUUAUUAAGCACUGUGUGUGUUAGGCCAUGUUCUAGGCACAGUGAGGGAGAUGAACAUGGAAAGGGGGGCAUGGUGCCUGUGCUCACAGAACUUCAAGUGCAGUAGACAGUAGAGGAGGUAUUAGAGCAGAAGAUCCUGUCCACUAUGUCCAUGCCAAGCACAAGGAAAUGACUCUAUCAUGAGAAAACCACCUCACUUGCAGAAGAGCUUUUCUACAUUGCCAAGAACACUGUUCUGAGGCUCUGACUUCCCCAGUGGCAGCAAAGGUCAGACCAUUCCAUCUCCAGGGGAGCAAGCUGGUUUCUGUCAAGUCUUGUGUCUGCAAUCGAGCUGAGGUGGAAUUGGGUUUCUCUAACUAUUGCAAAUUGUAAAUGAGCUGUCAGGAUAUGUAUCAAAUUGACUUAAUGAACUUUGCCUCUAUUGUGAAGAAAUAGAAGGUCCUACCCACCAUUUUAGACCAUUGCUGCUUGGACUUUAUCUUUUCUCAGCUGGAGCAGAAAGUCAAAAUGAAUAAUGUGCUUUUAUAUUACAUAGAACUGCCUUUAUGAAAAUUCAUAGGAAAGGAUUUUUUUUUUUUUUGGUCUACAUCUCAAUAACAGGGAAAGCUCUGAUCCUACACAAAAUAAAGGAUCUUACACCGAUUUUCCUAACUUACUGUUCCUCUCUCCUUGUUCUGGCUGCUGGAAAGUGCAACAAAACUUACAGCUCACCUCAACCAACUAUGGUAAAUCUAUAUUUAUUUAAUCCUGUUUAAUUUCUGUGAAAAUUUUCCUAAAUCUUAUUUUUUUAAAGUGGUAUAAGCAAAUGGACAUUUUAUUUUCUGACAUCUUAACCAUGGCACUGUGGAAACUGACUUGUAUUUCCUACCUAGGCUUGCUUUGUUUCUUCCACAGAUACCUCCAAUUCUUACCAGUGAUUAUAUUACACAUAUAACAUAAUUUAUUCAUGGAAUGAAAACUUAGUUUUUUAAAGAGAAAAAGUUUACACAUACACUUAAACAGCUCAGGGCAGCCUACCAUGGUGGAAUAAGCAUUUAGACCAGAUGCCAGAGGGGGCAAGUUCUUGUCACUGUCACUUCCUGGAUAAUGUCUGACAAACCAUUGCCUCUUUUUGGAACUUAGUUCUUUAUUGGAAGAGAAGUCGAACAUGACCACAAGACUUCUCCACUCUAAUGUCGUGUGAGGCAAUGGAGUGAGUGGUAAUGGAGGAAGACAUGAUAUGUCAAGCUACCCAGCCUGGCUCAACACUGCGUGCAGCCUGCAGGCCAGACUGAAUCCAAAUCAUACUCUUAAGAAGAGGGAUGCUGCAGACAGACCCGACGCUUGCUCAGCAAGGACAAAGGACAAAUGACUGCUGGGCAGAGCAGGCAACCCCCAAGGACGGCAGCUGGGGCUGGAGUAGCACUCAGCACGUGACUGUAGCAAAGGAGGUGUAUUUUGUGAGGUCUGGUGCCUAAUGACAGAUAAGACUGAACUAGGAGGCAGCUGGGAAAGCCCAAAUGCAAAGAGUGCGUCUGCAUCCUGGCAGCGGCCAACCCUGCCUCCAUGGGAGUGCAUUGCAAGAAUAAAUGUGUGUCCACUCACCGUUGUGUGCUAAUGUUCACUUAGAUUUCGUCUUGAAAACGUGUGUGUGCGUGUGUAUGAAAUA